AUGAUUGCUCCGUACGUCAAGUGGGACCAUUCUGAGGAGUGGACGGUGCCUAAUUUUCUUGAGAGUGAAACUAAAUCUGGUGUUAUGGAAAUAGAAGUGGAUAUGAGCAAAGAUGACAAUCAAUAUCUGUUGGGACAUGUUAUUGACGGUCAAAAUCUUUACCCAGCAGCUGCAUAUGUGGUUUUAAUUUGGAAGACACUAGCAAACCUAAAAAACAAAGACUACCUGCAAACGCCUUUCGUGCUUGAAAACAUGGAAAUUCAUCGCAUGACAAUUAUACCAAAAGACGGCUCUCUGAAAUUUACUAUCAACAUCCUGCAACAAAGUGGCGAUUUUGAACUAUGUGAAGGUGGAAGUACAGUUGUUACAGGUAAAACUUACGUUCCCGAAGAUAUUUCUAAAGCAUUUGCAAACUCACCUUCCACUGCCCCAAGAAUAGAAGAAAUGGAGUUAAAAUUAAAUCAGCAGGAUGUGUUGAAAGAACUGAGACUGCGAGGAUACCAAUACCAGGGUUGUUUCCAACAAAUCCUCGAAACAGAUGUUCGAUUUUCAAACGGAAAGGUAAAGUGGAACGAUUGGGUUAGUUGUAUUGAUGCUAUUCUUCAAUUUUGGUUUAUGCGUGUACCCACUCGAGAUCUUUAUCUUCCUACGAAAUUGCAGAAAGUAGUCAUUGAUCCACAAAAACAUUUCCAAACUGUUAGAGAAUGCGGUGGUAUUCUUGGGGUGUUUGCCCGCGAAAAUCUACGUGUUGUUAAAUGCGGCGGUGUCGAAAUUGGAGGCUUCAAAGCGACUUAUGUUAAAAAACGUCACCUAACUCACCCGGCUCCUAAAAUAGAGAAAUAUGAAUUUGUGCCGCUAGAGAAUACGACUCCCGUAAGUGAAAACGCGGCUUUACAAGUCCUUCUACAACUUGUGUUGGAAAACAGUUCCGAAGUUCUUAGAAUGGCAAAAGUGGAACAUGGUCAUCCCAACGAGGAACGAUUGAUGUUCAAUAUUGACGAGACCCUUAAACAGGAAAUUGUAGCGUCUCUAGACACCACAACAGUUACAUCUAAAGACGCCAAUCUGAGUGACUUUAAUUUGGUAGUUGUUGCAGGUUCGAGCAUAAAUAAUGAACUCAGUCUUUUGAAAACUAUUUCACAAAAUUUGGCAAAGGACGGAUUUCUUCUCUUAGAAGGAGACAAGGAAGAUUUUAACUUGAACGAUCUAUCAACUUUGGGAGUACUUGUUAGUAGUCAAAUUACCGACACAAAAAUUUAUGCUCUAUUACGAAAACCAGUAGAAACUGAUGCAAACUCAUCUAUUAUUAUUAAAGUAACUGGAGAUUUUUCUUGGAUUAAUGUACUAAAAGAUGCGAUGAAACAAAGCGAGACUUCUGGGAACAAAAUCUAUUUGUACGCUCAAGGAGACAAAUUUAGCGGAUUGAUUGGGUUAGUGAAUUGUUUAAAACAAGAACCAGGUGGAGAAAAAAUAAGGGGUGCGUUCAUCGAAGAUCCGAAUGCUCCUAUAUUCUCAUUGACACAAUAUUCCGAACAACUGAGAAAAGAUUUGGUUCACAAUGUGCUCAAGAAAAAUGUUUGGGGUACUAUGAGACACAUUCAAUUAGAGAACAACAAAAUUUCUACUCAGCACGCCUACAUCAGUGCGCAGAUUCCUGGAAACUUGGCAAGUUUGCAAUGGGUACAAAGCCCCGUAGACUUAAGAAAAAACGAGCCAAAUUUGGAAUUAUGUCAUGUUUACUGCGCUCCAGUUACCUCCUACGACGUGCUACUGGCUAUGGGAAAAUUUUCGGAAGAAAGACCGUUAAAAAGAAACCACUUCCUAGGUUCAGAAUUUUCAGGACGCGACACUACCAAUAAGCGUGUCAUGGGAAUAAUUACCACAAGCUCGUUAGCAACAACCAUAGAAGUCGAUACAGAAUUUUUAUGGUCUGUACCAGAGAAAUGGAGUUUGGAAGAAGCCUCAACGGUCCCUAAUGCUUACGCCAUGAGUUAUUAUGCUCUUGUGGUUCGAGGAGGAAUCAAAUCUGGAGAAUCAGUUCUAAUCGAUGAUGGUUCUGAAAGUAUAGGUUUAGCUUCCAUACGUAUUGCGCUUAAGAUGGGUUGUAAAGUUUUCACAUUUGUCAACACUAAAGGGAAGAAAGACUUCUUGGAAAAAAUGUUUCCAGAACUUAUAGAUGGUUGUAUUGGUUGUGAUAGUGAAGAAAUGGUGUUUAACCAAACCGGUGGACGCGGAGUAGAUUUAGCUUUUAGGUGUACAGUUAGUGAUCAUUCAGAAGCAUCUAUAAAUUGUGUAACAGAUGGUGGGCGCUUCCUUCAACUGGGAAACGUCGACUUUCCCAAAGGAAAUAUCUCAAAUGAGAAAGAUAUAUCGUUUCAUGGUGUAGCUUUGGGUGUGUUAUUUAAGAGUGAAAUUUUUGUUAAGAAGAGGGUCUGGGAAUUAGUUGAGCAAGGUAUUAUUGACGGUACUGUGAAACCUCUACCACGUAUCGUCUUCAAACCUAAUCAAAUCCAGGAAGCCUUUCACUUCGCACAGUCCAAUACACAUCGUGAGAAACCAAUUUUGCAAAUCUGCGAUAACAGCCAAAACCCAGUUCCUGUUUUGGCCACGCCCCGUUCUUACUUCGACCCAAACAAAACUUACAUCAUAAUAGGUGGUUUGGGCGGCUUUGGCUUAGAACUAACCAACAGGUUAACUCGAAGAGGCGCAAAAAAGUUAGUUUUGGCUUCGAGAAAUGGAAUCCAAACAGGAUAUCAAUCCCAACACGUCCGAAAAUGGACCAAAUUAGGAAUCACCAUUAAAAUCUUUACUGAAGACAUCACAAUAGAAAAUACAGCAAGACAACUUCUAGCAGACGCAAAUAAACUAGGACCUGUUGGUGGCAUUUUUAACGUAUCAGCAGUCCUUCGUGACGCACUAAUGGCGAACCAAACCGAAACCAACUACAGGACUGUUUGUGCCUCCAAAAUCGAUAUCACUAAACAUUUAGAUGCGCUUUCAAGAGAGCUUUGUCCACAUCUAGAACACUUUGUGACUUUUUCUUCAUCAUCGUGCGGUCGCGGAAACGCUGGUCAGUCGAAUUACGGUUAUGCGAAUUCGGCGAUGGAACGUCUUUGCGAAGCUCGUCGAGACGCUGGUCUUCCAGGACUUGCGAUCCAGUGGGGUAUCGUAGGUGACGUAGGUUUAGCCAUAGACAUGACUAAAAUCAAAGUUCGGGGAAUGAUGCCACAAAAAAUGACUUCGUGUCUGUCUACAAUGGAUGCUGUUCUUCAGCAAACGAAUCCGGUUGUUAGUAGUACGGUUUUUCAACCAAAAAAUAUAGAGAGUAUGAAAACACGAGAAGUAGGGAUGACUGAAGCUGUUGCGACUAUUCUGGGGAUUGAAGACGUCUCUAAAGUUGGCGAUUCUGUCUCUUUCGUCGAUUUGGGUAUGGAUUCGACGAUGGUUGCUGAAAUCAGACAAAUUCUUAGAUAUAAUUAUGACUUGGCGCUAAAAGUUGCAGAAGUUCGAGCAUUGACUUUUAGGCAGUUAAGUGAAUUGGAGGAACGGUCUGAAAGUGUGACUACAGUUGCUAGUACAAAUCACCAUGAAGAUAGUGAUUUAAAUUUGGUAGUUACACCGUCUGAGUGCCUGAUUAGACUGAACGACAAAAAUAUAGAAAACGGUCUACGGCCUGUUUUCGUCAUACAUUCCAUAGAAGGAACAGUUAGCACGUUGAUACCUUUAGCCAAAGGUAUCACAGCACCUGUAUAUGGUUUGCAAUGUAGCAAAGAAACACCUGACGGUACUAUUGAAGACAUGGCAGCAUUUUACAACGACAAGAUUAAAACAAUUCAGCCUAAAAGUCCUUACACUUUUGUCGGGUACUCAUUUGGUGCCGCUGUUGCUUUUGAAAUGGGACUUCAGCUGGAGCAUCGCGGAGAUAAAGUAAAUCUUGUUCUCAUCGAUGGGUCUCCUUUCUACAUACCCACGUGUUCUAAAAAGAAUGGAAUUGAGAUUCUGAAAACCAAGAAAGCAGUUCACGAAUGUGAAAUUUUGGUUUAUUUCGCAACACAGUUUAAAAAAAUUGACCGAAGAAAGGCACUUGACGAGCUCAUGCUUUUAAAGACGUGGGAAGAAAGAUUGGACAAAAUUAGUCAGAUUCUUUCUGGUGCAGUACCAGUUUCAGAUGAAGAUGUAAGAGAUGCAGCUGCUAGAUUCUUUUACAAAGUGGUGGCAGCCAAUAAGUACCAACCCAAGUCCAAAUUCAAAGGCAAAGUUACUCUUAUUAAAGCAACAGAAAAUUAUAUCGAUGUGGGUAACGACUAUGGACUUUCUGAGGUUUGCGAACUAAACGUAAAAGUGGAUGCGAUUGAAGGUAACCACAGGAGUAUUUUGGUCGGAUCUAGUGUUGAAAACAUUGCAAAGAUUGUAAAUAGUGGCAUGGAAGAAAUUAAGACACAGUCAUUUUAGUA